AGCCCCCCUAAACACAGCUAUAUAAGAGACGCAUAGUCGGUUUGCACACUAUAACUCUUACGGAUGACUGUAUGACUCUUACGGAUAGCAGCUUGUUCUAAACCAAGUGGAAUAAUUUUCCUACUUUCUUUUAUUUCAUUAAUCAUUCCGGAUACUCAGAACCAUGCCUGUGUCCAGAAUGCGGAUGCGACCCUGGUUAGAGGAUAUGAUUGACUCUAACUCAAUCGCUGGACUUGUCUGGGUAGAUAAGGAGAAAAAGAUGUUCUCCAUUCCUUGGAAGCAUGCUGCACGCCAUGGAUGGGAAAUGGACAAAGAUGCCUGUCUAUUCAAACAGUGGGCAAUCCACACAGGCAAGUUCAAACCAGGAAUUACUGACCCUGACCCCAAAACAUGGAAAGCCAACUUCCGUUGUGCAAUGAACUCACUUCCAGAUAUUGAAGAAGUAAAGGACAAAAGUGUCAACAAAGGCUGUGAAGCUGUUCGUGUCUACCGCAUGCUUCAGGUCAUCAAGAAUAAGAGCAAGAGGUCGUCUAAAAGCCAGGACAACAGGAGGCGGAAAAAGGUGAGGAAGACGGAUACAGACAUGCCAGCAAAUGAAGAGCACGUUUACAUGCACAAACAGCAAGAUAUGAUUACACAGGAGAACAUCGUAGACAGCACUGAAAGCAUGAACACAGCAAGCCCCACCUAUGAUGUGCCUGACUGCUCUGGAUAUGAAGUGGAAAUUGGCCCUGACAGCACAAAUGAUAUCUACACUGGCAGGUUCCAGGUUUCCCCAGUUCAUGAGUCAGAUUACGAGGAAAAAGCUAUUGUUGAGAUCACACGGCAAUUGGAGCUUGAUAGUUCACAGUGGCUACAAAGCAAUAGCAGCGGAAAGGGGUUCCUGUGCAAUGAAGUAGCCAUGACAGAAUCUUACCACUGUCCAGAGAGCCAAUGGAGUGAUACCUCAGGAGAGGAGCUUGAGCUGCGUUUUUACACAGAACUGAUACCAGGACUGCCCAGUGAAGAGCUCUUAAGCUACACAGAUAUGUGGAAUAGCAACCCUCAUACAACUGGCCUUCCACAAAUCAGCUGUCUAAUCUGAGACCUACUUUUUUGAUGUUCACUCUGUCUGUUAUUACAUUACCUCAUAUUCUAGGUUUUCCUUUUCUGACCAUGAAAUUAGAUCACCAAAAGCCAGUCUUGUGGGUGUCUUAAGCUUGGUUUGGUAUAUGCUGGAGGAUUAUGUUAGAGAUUUUAUGGCCAUCAACAAAGAACACUGUAGACAGAUUCUGUUUUAGCAGGUGUCCCUUGUGUUGUUAAGUGUAAAUGAUAAUGGCUUGUAUAUACAUAUGUUCUUGUAAUUAUCUGUGAGAUUUGGCAGGUUCCGUUAUCUACACUUCAGGGUUUUGAUGCAUUUUCCUCCAAGAAUAUUACAGGAUGUCUAGAAUGAUUUUUUAAGAUUUUGUGGCUUGUUUGUGAAAAGAAAUGUAUAUAGUGUAUAAAUGAAUUUAUAAUAAAAAAAAGUGACAUUUUUAAGUUA